AUGUGUGUGAUCCGGGAAUUCAGCUGCGAGCAUACAUCAAAGGUCGAAUGUCAAAAUUCCAAGACCCGCUUGAUCACCCAGUCUGAUAUGGAGGCUGCAAGCGCUAUCAGCGACGUGGAAGAUGACCCCUUUGUUGACACCAAUACCAAAACUCCGGCGACCAACACCAAAGACAUCAAAGAUCAGCGCCCCCUUCGCGGCCACUUCAGCUCAAGCCCCCUACCUCCGCCCAUGUUCUUGCUUUCCCCAUCAAAGUCUGGCGUCGAAGCAGAUCACAUGGCCGCUAAUCUCCAGGACACUUCCUGCGGCUUGGGCAUUAAGAAGAAAAAGAUCGACAGCGAAUGCCACGACUGCAUGUUGAUGAGAGCAAGGGAAGACACUGCCGUUCUGGAAGAUGAGCGUCUUGCAGCAGAGAGGCUUCGCGAAGAAGUCAAACAGCAUGAGGAUGUCAACCGCCUUGCACAAAACGGGCGCAAGCAAACUAAAAGCGGCACUGGCACCAGUGGCAGAGCUGGCAGAGACGGCGGCAUUCCGGUAUUGGCAGCUGAGCGCGAAAAUCCACCCAGAGGGCCACCACGAGGUCUACCACCCGGCUAUGCUGCUCGUGGCACUUCAGCUCGAAACUCUGUAAUGGUUCCCGACAUGCCUCCCGCAAACAACAUCCAAGCGAGAAAUACACCCCACUCCUACCCAAAUUACUUGCCGAAUGUCUACUACGACAACACCACCACCACCGUUCACCAGAGUACCGGAGUCUACCAUGCCACUAGAUCUGCCCCCGCGCCUAUGUACAAUCCCAUGAUCAGCGGAGUGGGUCCGUACAACCAUGUCCACCAGCCAUUGCUGGCACCACAGCCACAGCACGCUUAUGCGAUCCCGAUCCUGCAAUAUGGCGCUCCCGCUGCAGAAACCUACCCGCAAUUCUUCAACACCCAGAUGCCGAUGUUGGAAAUGGAGAUGGAAACGGAGACGAGCAUGCAAUACCAGGUCCAGGUACAGGAUGUCUACGAGCAGUAUGGCUAUCCGCAGAUGGAUGCUCAGGAGUUCUGGUACGUUCCCCGUAUGUGA